AUGGAGUUCUUUACCGGAGCGAGCGUGGUCCGCCUGGUGAGCUUCUAUGGCAUGUACCUCAUGGCGAACGAGGACGAGAAGCACGUGAGGCUAAGCAAGCCGGACGCCUCUGACAACGCCUUGUGGAACGUCGAAAUCGUCAACAGAGACCGAAACUAUCCCCGUGUCCGGUUGAGGAGCUACGUGAACUGCUACCUCGCCCCCGACGCUUCGAAGCGCCGCUGCUUCCACGGCAUUUUCAAAGAUCAGAACGUGUUCCAGGAGCACCGUGACGGCCGCAGUAUCUUGGCGGAGUGGCAUCCCGUCCGAGAGGGCCUCUUCGUCCAGCUCAGAUGCUCAUUCGGGGACUACCUCCGAGGGAGAGUUGGCCACCUGAUAUUCCCCAAUUCGGUGAUGGUCGACAGGCCAUCAGGUGAACACAUGGGACUCUCCUAUCUGUGGGAGGUACAUCUCAUCCGGUUGGACGAGCCCCCUCCUCGCCGACCCCUGUCCCAAGCAGCAGAACCAUCCGGUGCUUCCUCCUCCAUGGCAGCCAUCCCUUCCUCAUCGGAGAUUGUACCUGCAGCAGUUUCCAUGGCAGGUGAAGCAUUCACCUCCGCCAUGGCAGCCGGUCCCUCCUCCUCUACCGUAUCACCCCCGUCUGGAUUCCGGGCGGAGGACCGGGCUUUCAUCUAUGUCAUCGCCGACGACGCUGGAAAGCACGUCUGA